GUUUGACCUCCCGAUUUUCUUAUCAUUUCCCGCACUGGCUUACGAGCGCGAUCUACGCGUCCAACCACCUCCGUCUCUAUCAGCUUCAUCGCUUCCUGAGUUCCUCUCCUCCUAUGCCUGCGAGAAAGAAGCGUGGGCAAAUUCCUCUGCGUUUCCCAGCUUCCUGUUCGCCUUGGACUCGCAGGGAGUCCAGCGUCAAACAAAAUCCUGCUUCGAUCUUUUGACAUCUUCGCUGGGCCUGUGCCGCCUUCCCCAUGCCCGCCGUCCCUGCCUCGCUGCGCCGUCAAGCCGCCAGCCAAGAAUCCUUUUUUAUUUUCUUUAUCAAAAGUUUGCGUUUGAUCGGUUUCGUUCCUAGGAGCUGGGCGAGAUGUUCUUGAUUCAGAAAGGGAGGAAAACGAGAGGCUCUGUUCCUAUCGCGAUUGUUGGAGGAUCUCGCCGUAGUUUGAGGCAAUAGAGAAGACUAGACAAGAAGCCACGAGCUGAGCCCCGCCGCCGUCUUGCUCCAACUCGAAGCGAUGUCUUGCUUCCGCUGCUUCAGCAGCAGCAGGACCGAGAGGGGCACGGGCGAGAAGCGUCGAGAGGGGUCGGCGUCGCCGGCGGCCGCCUCGUUCCCGUCCACCGUCUCCACGGGCGCGCCCUCCAACCUGACCUUCUUCUCCACGGCGUCGUCGGCCGUCGGCACGAGCCACUCCGAGGACUCCAGCGCGGUCAUGCGGCCGGCGGCGAGCAAGUCGUCGGGCUCGGGCUCGGUCUCGGUCUCGUCGGCGCGGAGCAUCCCGGAGCUGUACGAGGAGAGGGGAGCCAGCACCCUCCGCGAGUUCGGGUUCCGGGAGCUCCGGGCCGCCACCAGCGACUUCAGCCGCCUGCUCAAGGUCGGCGAGGGCGGCUUCGGCAGCGUUUACAAGGGCGUCGUCCGGCUACCUGGCGGGCCCGCCGGCGGCACGGUGGUUGCCAUCAAGAAACUCAAUCCCAACGGUCAUCAGGGCCACAAGCAAUGGUUGGCAGAAGUGCAUUUCCUGGGAGUUGUUGAGCACCCAAAUCUCGUCAAGCUCAUUGGGUACUGCGCUGCUCGAAGUGAGCGAGGUCCUCAGAGGCUACUGGUCUAUGAGUUCAUGACGAACAAGACCCUGGACGAUCAUCUAUUCAAUAAAGCAUAUCCCGUCCUUCCAUGGGACAUCAGGUUGGAGAUAGCACUGGAUGCCGCUGAGGGAUUGCUGUACCUCCACGAGGGAUUAGAAGUUCAGGUCAUAUAUCGCGAUUUCAAAGCUUCAAAUGUACUGCUGGACGAGAAGUUUAGAGCAAAACUUUCAGAUUUCGGAUUGGCAAGGGAAGGACCAUCGGCUGGUGAUACUCACGUCUCUACAGCAGUUAUGGGGACCUUGGGCUAUGCAGCUCCAGAUUACAUUGAGACAGGCCAUCUCACUACAAAGAGUGAUGUGUGGAGUUUUGGAGUAGUUCUAUAUGAGAUCCUCACUGGACGGCGCUCAAUGGAGAGGAACCGUCCCAAGAACGAGCAGAAACUUCUCGAAUGGGUGAGGCUGUAUCCUGUUGAAAGUAAGCAAUUCAGCAAGAUCAUAGAUAAAAGGCUUGAGGGCCACUACUCUAAGCAGGGCAUUAGAAAAAUUGCCAAGUUGGCCAAUAGCUGCCUUGCAAAGCAGAGAAGGGACCGUCCAACAAUGAGAGAAGUGGUCGAGAGCCUGAAGCAAGCAAUGCAGCACAAGGAGUUAGAUGGGAAAUCAGGGAGUUUGGGUGAGACUCCACCACCAGAGCAAGUAUCUGGAAAACCAACCACAGAGGAUGUUGCCGUGGCAUCAGCAAGGCGGAGGAUGCUUCAUCUGGCUGCCCUAGGUGAGAAUGCAAACAGCAUUGCGAGGAGGAGAUUCAUGCUCAUGAGGACUGCGGCUACUACUACUACAUAAUUUUGAGUUGUUGUUGUGAUUUUUCUUUUUUACUUUUUUAAGUGGUCAUGAAUAUAGGAUCGUUGGUGAUGUUUUCACCAUGUCAGUAUAAAUCUAUUAGGUGACCAACAUCCCUUUUUUACUUGUGUGCUUUCUAUAGGUAGGUUAGAUCUGAGACUCAAGAGUUACUAUUGUAAAGGUUUCAUUGCUAUAAAGGAUCAUAGGUGUGAAAUGUAAUUCAGUUCUCUAUGUUUGACUGCAACUUUGCACGUUGAAAAGGUAGAUAGUAAUAAAGGUGCCACAUUCUUCCUUUC